AUGAUCGUCCGCAAGGACUACAACUCCCACAGCGCACCGCGCAAAGCGCAGGCGCGGCGGCGAACGUGCGGGCAGGGGCCGCGCGCUGAUUGGCUGCGGUGGUGUUUUCUGAACGCGGUGCGCGCGCAGAGCGUCGCCUUGGCUUCCGGGAAUCGGGGAUGGCGCCGGGGCCUGUUUGUCGCUCCUCCCAGCAGGGAGAAGGUCUUCAGGUGCUUGGAGUGUGGGAAGAGCUUCAGGAAGAGCUCGAGUCUCUUCACCCACCAGCACAUCCACACUGGGGCACGGCCCUACCCAUGUGGGGAAUGUGGGAAGAGCUUCAACUGCAGCUCCCACCUUAUCCAACAUCAGCGCAUCCACACUGAGGAACGGCCCUACACGUGUGAGGAAUGUGGGAAGAGAUUCAGGCAGAGCUCCACCCUCGUCAAGCACCAGCACAUCCACACUGUGCAGAAGCCCUACAAGUGUGGGGAAUGUGGGAAGAGCUUUAGGCAGAGCUCCGAAACGAUCCUACACCAGCGCAUCCACACUAGGCAGAAGCCUUACAAGUGUGGGGAAUGUGGGAAGAGCUUUAGCCAGUGCUUUGAACUGAUCCUACACCAGCGCAUCCACACUGGGGAACGGCCGUAUAUGUGUGGGGAAUGUGGGAAGAGGUUUCAGACCAUCUCACAUCUCCUCAGUCAUGAGCAGACACACACGGAUGAGAGGCCCUUCCUCUGCACCGACUGUGGGAAGAGCUUCAACCGGAACUCCUACCUUGUCACCCACCAGCGCAUUCACACCGGGGAGAGGCCCUACAAGUGUGGGGAGUGUGGGAAGAGCUUCACUGAGAGCUCUAAGUUGACCAGACACCAACGGACUCACCGGUAAGGGAAGAGAAGCCGUCGAGUACCCUGACUGUGGGAAGAGCUUCGGCCGCUGCUUCCACCCCCAAUGAACCCCCUGUUGGUGAGGCAACCCCUGGAGUCCAGUGACUGUCAGUCCAUUCCUUUCGACCAGAA